AUGGCAAUAGAUCUAUUUCAGAUUCAGAAGAAGAUGGGGGGGGAGAAUUUUAAUGUGUUUGAUGAAGACCACGACCAGGAGGGUCCAACUUUCUCUGUUGGGAUGUUGUUCAAUGACAGGGAGCAGUUUAAGAAGGCCUGCCGUGAGUGGGGGAUACACCACAUGUACCAACUACACUUUCCUGUUAAUAAGAUAACAAGAGUGAGGGCAAAGUGCUACUCAAAGACCAAAUGUACGUUUUAUGUGUUUGCCUCAAAGCUGCACCUCAAAGAUCCCGAUGACAACACAUUCCGAGUGAAGACCCUUGAUCUGUGCCAUUCAUGUCCUAAAGUGAGUAAAAACUUCCACCUGACUAGUGCAUUCCUCGCCGACAAGUACUUAGAAGAAUUUAGAAACGAUCCUGAAUAUAAGUCUGAAGUGUUUGUGAAGAAGAUUCAGACGGAGCUAAAACAAUCAAUAAGCAUUCAGCAAGCAAGAAGAGAAAGAAGGGCAGCAUUGGACAAAUUGGAGGGUGAUGAGGACCGGCAAUAUGCGAAGCUGUAUGAUUACAAGAGGGAGGUUUUGAGAACCAACCCAGGCAGCACGGUGGAGUUUAAAGAAGCAAGGGGGAAGUUCCAGGGAAUGUAUGUAUGCUUUGAUGGGUUGAAGCAGGCCUUCGUGAAUGGGAUGAGACAGAUUGUCUGGAUUGAUCCAAACGACUGUAUGUACCCCUUCGCAUAUGCCUGGGUUAAAACGGAGAACACAGACACCUGGAUGUGGUUUAUUGAGCUACUUCAAGUUGAUCUGCACCUUACGAAUGCCACUGUUUUCAUGUCCGAUAAACAAAAGCUUUUUUACAUUAAGGGUUUGGUGAAUGCUGUGAAGAAGCUGUUCCUAUAUUCAGAGCAUCGAUUUUGCUGGAGGUAUUUGUGGGCCAAUUUCAGGAGCACGUUUCACACGCAACACAUGAAGCCCUUCAUCUGGAACAUUGGAACAUCAACAUAUAAAGCAGCCAUGGAUAGAGAAAUGAAAGCUCUGGAAGACAAACAUGACGCUGGCUUCCAAUGGAUCAAAGAGAGGGACAUGAAACACUGGUGUAGAGCGCUGUUCAAGGAGGAAGUCAAAUAUGAUGUCCUCCUAAACAAACCUGCCUGA